AUGGGAAUAUCCGAAUUGUCAGUAGCAGGAACGAAAGAAGGAUAUAAUUGCACCAAUGGGAAGUUCAAAAUUGGUGUAAAUAAAGAAUUAUUUUCAACCAAUGAAGGAUCACCUAGUGAAGGAAACGAAGAAAUACAUACAAAUGAAUUGUAUACUUCUCAAGGAAUUAAUUUAACAGAGGUAUAUGUAUCAUCACAAGAAGGUUAUCUAAAGGGAGAAUCAUUUAACGAAGAUUCCUUUAAAGAGGAAUCCUCUCAGGAGGAGUCUUCCAAUGAUGACACCAUUCAAGAAGUUUCUUUCGAGGAAGAACUCUUUCGAGAGAUCUCAAUUAAAGAAGAGGGGUCCAGUACACAAUCAAGUACAAUUUUCCAUUCAUCACGUUCGUCUUCGCUAUAUUCGGCAGAAUUCGUGCAAACAUCUUGUGAAUGUAUAAAUCCCAAUAAUAAUGUAAUAUUGUCACCAUUGCAAACUUCCAAUUUAAGAUUUAUUAGUAAUGAUACUAAUAAUAGUAGUAUGAGUGAAAGAAGUAGUUUAUACUUACCUAAACCAACAACUCCUGAAGAUUACAAGUGGAGGAAAUGUUGUAGAAACGCAACUAUCUGGGGUAUUGUUGCUUUAAUAAUCAUUGUCAUUUUCGCAAUUAUAGUUGAUCAAUGGUUUAAAUUAAAGCUGCUUUAA